CGCUGGAGCUGAUGGCGGCUGGCGGAGGGAGAGGAGGGAGAGAGAGGAGACACCGAGAGGAGAGAGAGAGGAGGCCGAGCACCGAGCACUGACACACCGACCCCUGCUCCCUGACCAGGCCCAGAACCGCAGCCCGCAGGCAGGCAGAGCGACGCGCAGCAGCCCGGUGCAGCGGACCUCGUAUCGCCCGUCAUCCUGUCUCGCUCAUAGACUACAGCUGCAGUUCUUGUAGUAUUUAGUUGCAGCAGUCAGCACUUUUACCUGUGAAACAUCAGAGGGGUUUUAGUCAGAAAGGUGACCUCUGAAGUGGAUUACAGCAGCUCUAAAUUCUUUUAAUUGAAACAUUUUAAUGCUAACAAGCCUGGAAAGACUAGCUUAGCUUAGCCAUGUUUGUUGUCUGAUAUCUGACAUCUAACUGCCAGGAUCGCAGCCACUUCACUGUGAAAAUCUCCAAAAAGUCUCUUAAAAAUGUAGAUUAUCCUAAUUAUUAAGCUACUUGCAGUCAGGAGCUAACAGCUAGCACAGCAGUUCCAAACCAAACACUAUUCAGAAAACACAUUCAGAUUUCUAGAAGGAAAAUGUAGUUGGGACUUACGGCCACGGUUAAGUGUUUGGCAAGCUAAAGGCUUGUUAGCAGCUAGUGGUGAGCGGGCAGCGGUGGCGCGGGGCUAGCUCCGGGCAGAGCGGGGGUGCGAUGGAGUACCACUCCGGUGGCAGCCUGCCCCUGCUGGGGAGACCGCGGUACUGCCCUGGAGCUAACGCUAACGGAGGGUACCUGUGUGAGACGGGACACUGCUGCGGAGAGACUGGAUGCUGCACGUACUACUACGAACUCUGGUGGUUCUGGCUGCUGUGGACCGUCCUCAUCCUGUUCAGCUGCUGCUGUGCAUAUCGACACCGCCGAGCCAAACAGAGAGUCCAGCAGCAGCAGAGACAGCGAGAGAUCAGCCUGCUGGCUUAUCAUGGAGCUAACUCAUACCCGUCCUCCAUGCUGGACCUCAGUUUCUUGGCGUCCCUGAAGCUGCCAUCCUAUGAGGAGGUUGCAGCUCAACCCUCCACCCCUCCCCCACCCUACAGCUCGGUGUUCACCACCCCUCGUUACCCUCAGCCCCCCCGAACCAGUGACCCCCAUUUGCUAACGCAACACGACCCGCUACUUCACCGACCGCUCAGCGACGGCCCCUCCUCCCUCAGCUCCGACAACAGCUCCAGUUGUUCCUGCGACUCCUGCUGCCCGUCCUCGCCAUGUAGCUCCUCUUUAUCGGCUGCUGUCACGUAUGAAACCGACACCAGCCACGCCACGACACCCAGCGAGGCCCCGCCCCUGACGCUCGACGUCACCAUGGAGACCAUCACCGCCGCGGCAUCUCGUUUGGAGGUAAACGAGUCCCGACGUUUGGUUUCUGAGAAGAUGGUGGGCUCAGUGGCCGUUGAGAUCGGAGAUGAAGACGUUUCCAGAGUUACGGACUCAUCGGUUCCCAGCCAGGAUGUUACGGUGGCGGUUGUUACCAGGGCGGCCUCCCCUCUGACCACCCCGGGUUUAGAGGUUGUUCUUUCUAUUGGUACUACAUCUCCCAUCAUGCAACAGCUUGACUUAGCACCAUGUACCCCGACACUCAGCACCAGUAGUACUCUCCCUAGUCCAUGUGAAGUCCAAAUAAUAAGCAUUGAUGGUCCAUCUGAGGAAACUAUCCCAACAACAAAAAACACCUCAUUGUCAGGCCCUUCCACCCCAACAGAUAGCACUUCUUUUGAUACAGACAACGUUCCCAGUAGCCCAACCUCCGAACCAGUAUCAGAUGUUGGAAGGACUUUGGCAUUGAUAAGUGAAGCAUCUAAUCUCCCAAGCCAGGACCCAAAUCCUAGCCUUGUGCCAAUCCUGGCACCUUCAAACCUUACCCAAGCCUCAGUACCUUCAGACCAAACCCAAGUUCCAGAACCAGUACCCACAAAUGUAAGCCCCUUUACAGAACCAGUAACCACAAGCCUUCCACCAACUCCUUCACCUUUAAACCUUACCCUAGUUUCAAACCUUCAACCUAAAUCCACCAGAGUCCAUGACUGUGAAUCCAACCCUAUUUUAAAACCAGCUCCUGCAAACCUGACCCUUGCCAACCACACCCCGGAUCUAACAAGAACUUUUGAUACAGCCAACGUUCCCAGUAGCCCAACUUCAGUACCAGCAUCAGAUGUUGAAAUGACUUUGGCCUCGAUAAGAGACGCAUCUAAACCCUCAAAUCCAGACCAAAAUCCUAGCCUUGUGCCAAUCCCAGUGGCUUCAAACCUUACCCAAGCUCGAGAACCAGUACCCACAAACCGAAACGCCUUUCCAGACCCAAUACCCACAAGCCUUCCCCAAACCCCAGACUCUUUGCCUUCAAACCACACCCUAUUUCCAGACCUACAACCUCAGAUCCAUAUAGUUCCAGACUGUGAAUCCAACCCUAUUCUAAAACCAGUCCCCAAAAACCUUCCCCUUGCUACAGAAGCACCUAAAUUAGAACAUUUACAAAUACAAGAACCAUCACCUGGGUCAGGUCUAGCCUUGGUUCCUCCCAUCCUGACAUCAGGCAAGAACCUAAACCACAGUUCUGUUGCUAUUCUGGUUGCUUGUCAAGAUCCAGUCCCAGAGUCCGCCAAACAAGACCUGAUCAGUCCGUUGCCAUCAAAUGUCCCGGCUGGAUUUAGUUCUGGAUCUUGUACAAGUGUUGGUUCCAGAACAAGUCCAAUAUCUGUUCCUGCUCCAUUGCUAACACCUGCAUCCUCCCCUUCCUCUUGCCCAGCAAUAACCAUAGAAGCAUCUUUUAGCCCAGCAGCCCUCACCCCAUCCUCACCCCUCUCCCUCCCCACCCCUCCCUCCCUGUCUUCAACCUCCCUCCCAGCCCCGGCUUUACUCCUGGACCCCCUCACUGCAAUGCACCAGUCCAACAAAAGUGGAUCUUCUUCUGGCCACGCUUCCUCCCUAUCCCCCUCGCCUCGUGCUACCCAGUCACCCCCGAAACAGACCUUAUUUUCCCCCUGUGUGGAUAUCUUUGAACCUGGACCUCCAAACUGGGAGGACGGAGAGGAUGACCAGGAAACUGAGGACAACGACGAGGAGGAGGAUGAGGACAUGGGAGCCGAUGAAAGCCAGUAUAGACAUCGGCGACUUACCGGCGACUCUGGCAUCGAGGUGUGCAGGUGUCGGGUGGAGGAUGAGGAGGAGGAAGAAGAGGAAACGAAGGAGGAUGGCAUUCGAGAAGGAGGUGGAGAAAGGGAUAAAAAAGGAGGUGGGAACAGUGGUCUUCAUGACAGCGUGGACUGCCCGGCCCGAGGUCAGAUCACCGCAGGGGAGGGACUCGUACUGUGUACCUCCACCAAUACUCCGAUGUCCGAGGAAGGCGCCUCCGAAGUCGUCAUUGUCGUGGAGUCCGUGUGAUUGACAGGAAGUGGGCGGAACAAACCAUUUGUCAUCAAGGCAAGGGUUGAAGUUAAUGAUGGCCUUCACCCCUUAGGACUGUUUGAUUGUCCUGUAACCAAGGAAGUUUUAAACACAGAUGAUUGUGAUUGCGGUUACGUCACAUCACACAGCAAUUGUUUGUCAGUUCAGCAAAGGUGUGGGACUGUAGGAGGAGAUUCAACAGGAAGCUCGUGAUGAAAAGUUUUAGUCAGUUAUGGUUUGGAGGUUUCUGCAUGGAGAGGCAUUUGCUUAAACUGCAUCCAGGGUUGAUCUUAGGCCAACAUCUCAGUUGCAUUUACAAAAUCAAAUGUACUAUAUGUAAUGCAGAAGUCCCAGACAAAGCCACCAAAUGAUUUACAUCAGCUAAAACAUAGUUAAAGUUAAAGAUAAAUAACCCACUCUGUUUUGCCCUACACCACCAACUCCAACAGUAUACUUGCGUGGUCCGAUGACGCUUGCAAGACAUAAACAUCUUUCCCUUAGCUACCGUCAGUCCCAAAUCAAACAUGUUCCCCAGAAAUGACGUUUCCUUUUUUGCGUCUGUCACCACUGAUAAAAACUUUAAAUAGUUUAGCAGAAGACAUGUGGCUCGUCUCGGGCGAUGACGCCUGGUUUUGACACAAGAAAAACUGUCCACUUUGGACACGAAAACCGACUAUUGUGGGCGGAUGAUUCACUCCGACUGACAGAGGGACAACUGAUUCACUCGUCAGAAAGCUUACUUUUGAUGUUAAAGUCUGCCAGGAAAGGGAAAUUAGGGAAACGGUUUCUCAGAUUUGAUGUUUUCAUGACAACUUGAUCCUGUAUGGAAGAUUUCUGGGUUUUUUCUGUGCGUCAGCGGACAAAAGCUUUUUGCAUAAAUAGGAACAAACAAUAGACACUUUCAGGCAGAAACAAAGCCCCAAACAAAAGCGAACACGUCAUCAUUACCGUCUUUGUCUCUGAAGUUGAGGACGGAUACAACAGAACGUUGUAGAAACCAAACAAUCUAGAGUCUCAUCUCUAGAAUAUUCCCUUUCUGCAUCCCUGCAUUCAUAACCAUCUCCCUUUUUAUCACUCAACACCUUCUGUUCUAUUCUGAUCCAUGAAUCAACAAGUAUUUUAAGGCCCGAAAAUGACAGUAAUCUGAAUCCUGUUAAAGAAUUAGAGAAUAUAUCAUUUAUUUUAAGGACGUGUGGAUAUUGAUAUUUUCAGAAAGACUUAAAGGUAGAGUAUAUUUUGUCAAUGAUAGAGAAAACAUUUUGGUUGUACAUGCUGGUGUAUGUCCAAUUAGUGAAGAGCAAUAUUUUUCAUCAGCGAGAGUCUGUAUAUAAAUGACGCCCCCUUAACAAAAACACAAAAAAAGCUAAAGCGUUGUGUUGACAUUAUCUACCCCAGGAAAGCAGACUUUGAUUUGAAACUCAAUGAAAAUCUAUCAAACAUCAGAGUUUUCUACAAAAUGUCAGAUUUUCACCCAACAGCAGUGCAAUGAUUGUAAGUCAUUUCCAACACACUUUACGGAGGUCUGCAACACACGUGUGCUAAGCUGUAGAAGUCCAAAAGAAUGUCAUGACAAUACAGCGACUGUUUGUUGUACAUUUAUAUUAAAACAGUUCAUAUAACUGUGCCAGCAGGUGGGGAAAGGUGCUCCCACAAAGCUGUUUCAGUAAGAUGGGUGUUGGUCCAAACCAGCUGUCAGAGGGUGUCGGAAAAGUCACCAGAGAGCAAAGUCUGACCUUUAGCUAAUGAGAGAAAGAGAGUACCGAAACCAGACGUGUUCAAAUGUCGUGUUAGAAAGUUAAGAAACGGGGAAAGGAAUAGAAUCCUGGAGGCGGUCACUUGACGAUUGACACAGAUGUCAUUAACUCAACCUUCUCCGAUGUAAAGACCUCCAAGGUCUGACCCACAAACCCUGUGUCCAUGCUGCAUCACAACGCGGACUUCACUACCCAUUUCUUCCAGAAGGACGAUGGGUUUACCUGUGCAGACAAGGCUCUGUUGGACCUCGUUACGACAGACGCAAUGUCCUGCCGUGGAAAAGGACGCGAGUGGACUUCAGUGGCAGCAACAGAGCGCACAGUUUCUACGUCUAAAUCUGGGAGUCAGAUUGUAAACCAACGUGCACAAGAUUGGAUUCAUACGUGGACGGAUUUAUGAUCCAAUCUUUUGUUUUUUAAACCUUUUGUGGAGCUGAAUUCACAGAAAUCUGGUUCUGAGCAAACGUGGACGUCAAAGAGAGCUCCACCUUCGAUUGAACCUAGGCCAACUCCGCGCCUGUGGAAGAGUUUGUAGAGGCUUAAAGGACCCUUCUCGAGGGUCAUACCUAGCCGUUGAUGUUGUGGUUGAUGGUGUUUUUUGUUUACCUGAACUAAUAAGGUUAUAUAUCUCCAUGGUUAAAAGAGUGCCAUUUCUACUUGACAACUGUUAGCGUUAGAUGGAGCGGCUCUCGCUCUGCGUGGGUGUGGACUUUCGACCUGAGUGACUGGGAAAUGUUCGGUCCAAAUCUGUCUGUUGUAGCUCGAGUUCCCGAAGGCUCUGCGGCUCUGAAGUCAGCCUCGUGAAAAGGGAAAUAUCUGCCAAAUAAUGGGGGAUUUUACCCACAUUUCCUGACAGAACUAAGAGGUUUAUUGCAUUGUCUGCAAGGCAAUAACAGAACUUGAUUGGUGGGUAUCUUGGUCUUGUUUUGGUUAUUUUGCGUGUAGCUGAACUCGUAAAUGUUAGGGGGUUUAAUCCCUAAAGAUACUCCUUGUGCUGGAAGACAUUUAGUCUUCCACCAAUUGACUGAUAAAACCUUUGGAAAUGACCCUGAAAACGAGGCUGAUGUCAGGGCUUUUAAAGCGUUUGGAAACCUCCUAUUUAUCUCUUUUUGUUGAGAAAUACGUUGAGUCAAACCGGGGCAAGUUUUUCAUCAAAUGUUGGCCUCUGAUAGAUCGUCUCACGCUGACUGAGUUCACAUUGACGAGGAAGGACUCCUGUAUGACUGUAAAACAAAUGGGUUCAUUUAAUCAAAGAUUGGUCCCUAAAUGUCCCAAAAAAGUAAAUGUUUUUCACAGUUUUCUUUGGAAAACUAAAAAGAUCUAAAAAUGCAGGACAAACCAACAAAAAUCAACAUUUGGCAAAGUGUUUAACCUCAAACUGAAGCUUAAAAACAAACUUCUUGAGCGAUAACUGGUCCCCGUGUGAUGUGAACCCAGUCACACAACUGUGGCCUCAUUCAAUGUCUUUCAACAACGUUCACCUGUUCCACCAGGAUAUUGGAAUUAGCUUCACCUGUGGUGUUUGACAAAUGAUUUACUUUACUAAACACGUCCGUAUGUUCCUGCGUCUAAAUACUGUUUUUAUCCCGCUGUCUCUCCUCUGCUGUCCUUCCUGUCUGCAUGAGGUUUCCGACAGAGGAGGAGUGGAAGGACGCAGAGGAGGGACUGGUCUUUGAAAUCCCUUAAUAUUACCAUGAUAACGAUGCUAAUUAUUAGAAAUACUAAAUUAUUAGUGAGUGUGUAUGUGUGGAUGUAUGUGUGUGACCUAACUAAACCAGCCUGUUCUAAAGUGUGUGAAGAUAUACUGAAUAAAAACUGUCAAAGCUAAUAAGUCUGUCUUCACUGCUACUAAUGAGGAAAACAAAUCUGGAGAUGAAUCAUUAUUUAUUGAUGAAAACGUGAUUAAAGUUACACUCAAAACACAGCAGGAGGUUAAUCAUGGUUUCAUCAUUUAAAACCGUAGAUUUAGAUGGUCCGAUCUAACCUACAUAUUGUUUUAAAUUACAAGUGAAUGUUUAAGAUAGCUUAGCAUUAGCAGUGCAGCUACGAGCUAUCCUAGCAUUAGCCUAUGUUUACAGUUUUUUGAUUUGUAUUUUUGCUGAUUAUCUUAUGCUUAAAAGAGUUUUUAAGUAGAGGUUACUCUGCAGACAUUUCCCUCUUUCCAUCGUCUUGGUUAAACACUUACUACAUAACAUUUUGUAGAAAGUAUCAAGCUUACUUUGUCUAAUUUUACCCACAUAUUUUCCUCAUUUGAAAAGAAGGUUAAGAUAUAUUCGUGUUAGGUAAAACAUUUUAAGCACUAGUGAAAUAUUUGUGUUUUGCAGUUUUUUUCAAGCCAUCCAAAAGCAUGUUGCUAUCCUGGUCUGUGAUGAUGUCAAAAAGGAAAGUCAGCUGUUUCCAAGACUCUGAACCGGCCUUGCAACCUGCAGUAAGAACUGGUUCAUGUCAAAAAAUGCUCCUGAAUCCUAAAUAAAAUCUGUAAAUCACA